AUGCAAACGGCAGGCUCAAAUACAGCAGCAGCUGCAGCUGGUGCCGGCGGCGAGCCCACGGCAGCACCUCUGCGCGCCUGCAGUACGAGCGGCUGCCGGGUGAGCAAAUAUGUCGAGGUGACCAAACGCAAGUGCUCACAGUUUGUUUCCGCACCGUACAUUAUGCCCAAGCCCUUGGUGGUCAAUGGCAAGACAUCGAUUUUCCAAGUGGGCGGCGAAAUGGCCAAAAUGGGCGACAUACCCUCGUUGGCUGCUGCAGCGGGCAGUGGCGAGGGCCAACCCAUCUAUCGAAUUAAGCCAGGCACCCAUGCGCAUGUCAUCAACUAUGUGUUCAUAGACGAAGGCUCUGACUCCAUGGAGAAGGCCAAGUCGGAAGACCAAGAGGCCAUGCGAAUGCUGCUCGACUCACAGCGCGAGAGCGCCACAGCAAAGCUGCAGAAAUUACUCUCCACCCAUCGUGGACUAGCACUGCUAUCUGCGGCAACGACAGCCACUGCUCCAGAUGCAGCUACUGCUCCAGUUGCUCCAGCUGUGCCACCGGCUGGUAUGGCCAACAAUGUGCACGUCACUACUCCGCAAAUUCAUCCCAACUUGUCCAUUGCCAGUGUGGAGGGCGCUGCUAUGCCAUUUGCACCCACAGCAGUACCCAGCCUCACACCAAUAUCCACAGCCACACCCACACCGACGCCUGCUUCAGUGCCCGUGCCCGCGCCCGCUGCCGUUGCAGCAGCACCUCCACCAAAGAGCAAGCCAAUGGACACCAGCGUUGACCAGCUACAGGCCGAGAUCCUCAAGCUACGUCGCACUGUGGCACGCCUCGGCGGCGGUCGCGUUCCCAAGUGACUUUAGCACAUGUAAAAUAAUUUACUCAUAGGUAGCAGGAAAGUUAGCAUAAAUGACACUUAUCCAUAGAUAGCCAUCGAAUACUCUUUGACCAUAGUCUAGGACGUUCUCUGUUAAUA